UGAUUCGUGAGAAAUAGCGGUGACUCGCAAAUAAGUUUUACAUUUAUUCUAACCUAGAUUAUAAGUAGAUCGAAGGUAGAAUUGAAUUUUGUAUUUUGCAUUCAUUUUAUGCAAUAAUUCAAAAUAAAAUGCCUGAAAGCGUGAAAGUAGAAUCAAAGACGAAUAAGGAAGUCAGAAGCGGAAAAGAAGAAGAUAAAAAUGAAUUGUCUGAAGAAGAUAAACUCUUGCAAGAAGAGUUAACUAACCUCGUCGAACGCUUACAAGAUCCCAAUACAAGUUUACAUUAUUUAGCUUUAGAAUCUUUACGUAAUCAUAUUCGUGCAUCUACCACAUCAAUGACCAGUGUUCCAAAACCUCUUAAAUUUAUGAGACCUCAUUAUGAUACUAUGAAAUCCAUCUAUGAAAAGAUAACAGAUGAAAAGUCCAAGGAAUUAUGUUCUGAUGUUAUUUCUGUUCUUGCUAUGACAAUGGGUGAAGGUAGAGAAUGUCUUAAAUAUAGACUUACUGGAUCUGCUUUAGCUAUUGGAGAAUGGGGACAUGAAUAUGUUAGACAUUUAUCAGGAGAGUUAGCUGGUGAAUGGGAUGAAUUAACAGAUGAUGCAGAAGCUAUUAGUAAGAAACUAAUAGCUCUAGUACAUGAAAUUGUACCUUAUAACAUGGCACAUAAUGCAGAAACUGAAGCCUGUGAUUUAUUGAUGGAAAUUGAAAGAUUAGAUUUAUUGGAACAAUAUGUAGAUGAAAGUGCAUAUCAAAGAGUUUGUUUAUAUUUAACAAGUUGUGUACCUUAUGUGGCAGAUCCAGAAAAUAGUACUUUACUUCAUGCUGCUGCAAAAUUAUACAGAAAGUUUGGUCAAUAUCCUCAAGCUGUUAGAUUGGCAAUGCAAUUGAAUGAUUUGCCACUUAUUGAAGAUAUAUUUACAAACUGUACUGAUUUGUCAAUACAGAAACAGUUAGCAUUUAUGCUAGGUAGACAGCAGAUUUUUUUGGAACUUCCAGAAUCUACUCCAGAAUAUGAUGAUUUGGUAGAAAUCAUGUCCAAUUCAUUAUUAAAUUAUCAUUUCCUCAAUCUUGCUCGUGAAUUGGAUAUAAUGGAACCAAAAACACCAGAAGAUGUAUACAAAUCACACUUAGAAAAUUCUAGAUCUCCAUUUGGUGGUGGUCAAGUAGAUUCAGCAAGACAAAAUCUUGCUGCAAGUUUUGUCAAUGGUUUUGUGAAUGCAGCUUUUGGGCAAGACAAACUAUUAGUUGAAGAUGGAAACAAAUGGUUGUAUAAAAACAAAGAACAUGGAAUGCUCAGUGCAACAGCAUCUCUUGGUCUCGUUUUAUUAUGGGAUGUUGAUGGGGGCUUAACACCAAUAGACAAAUAUCUUUAUUCUUCUGAAGAUUAUAUUAAAUCUGGCGCUUUAUUAGCUUGUGGUCUUGUUAAUUGUCGCGUGAGGAUUGAAUGUGAUCCUGCAUUAGCUCUUUUAUCUGAUUAUGUGUUACACAGUAGUAACACAAUGCGUAUUGGUGCAAUCGUUGGUCUUGGAUUAGCAUAUGCAGGAUCAAAUCGAGAAGCCGUUUAUGGUCUUUUAAUUCCUGUACUUAGCGAUCCUAAAUCUAGUUGGGAAGUGAUUGGUGUAGCAGGUCUUGCUUUAGGAAUGGUUGCAGUAGGUUCUUGCAAUGCUUAUGUUACAACAACAAUAAUGCAUGCUCUUAUGGAGAAGUCGGAAGCAGAUCUUAAAGAUACCUACGCUCGAUUUCUACCUUUAGGUCUCGGAUUAUGUUUCUUAGGCAAGCAAGAAGCUGCAGAAGCUAUAAUAGCAGCCUUAGAAAUAGUACCUGAACCUUUCAAAUCAAUGUCCACGACUUUAGUAGAAGUAUGUGCAUAUGCUGGUACUGGCAAUGUCUUGAAAAUUCAACAUCUCUUGCAUAUUUGUUCUGAACAUUACGAACCAUCAAAUGAAAAAGAAGACAAAAGCGAUCGUAAGGAUAAAGAUAAGAAAGAAGAAAAAAAAGAAGAUAAAACAAAGGAUUUGAGUUCAAGACAGGCAAUUGCUGUUCUUGGUAUUGCUUUAAUUGCAAUGGGAGAAGAAAUUGGUGCUGAAAUGGCAUACAGAACAUUUGGUCAUUUAUUACGUUAUUGUGAACCUGUUAUUAGACGAUCUGUUCCUCUUGCACUUGGACUUAUAUCAGUUUCCAAUCCGAAACUGAAUAUACUUGAUACUUUAUCCAAAUUUUCUCAUGACAGUGAUCCAGAAGUAGCACAUAAUGCUAUCUUUGCAAUGGGUUUAGUUGGAGCUGGAACAAAUAAUGCAAGAUUGGCAGCAAUGUUAAGACAACUUGCUCAGUUUCACGCAAAAGAUCCAAAUAAUUUGUUCAUGGUUCGUAUUGCACAAGGUUUAACACAUCUUGGUAAAGGAACUUUGACUUUGUCUCCAUAUCAUAGUGAUAGACAAGUAUUAAGUCCUGUAGCUCUUGCUGGACUUUUAGCUACAUUAAUUGGUUUUCUUGAUGUAAAAAACAUUAUUUUAGGUCGAUCUCAUUAUUUGUUAUAUACAUUAGCAGUUGCAAUGCAACCGAGAAUGUUAGUAACAUUUGAUGAAAAGUUAAAUCCUCUAGCUGUACCAGUAAGAGUCGGUCUUGCUGUAGAUGUCGUAGGUCAAGCGGGAAAACCUAAAACUAUUACUGGUUUUCAAACACACACAACUCCUGUUUUAUUAGCUUAUGGUGAAAGAGCAGAACUUGCAACUGAAGAAUAUAUUCCUUUAACACCAAUUAUGGAAGGUUUUGUAAUUUUAAGGAAAAAUCCGGACUUUAUACCUUAAUUAUAAAAUAAUUAAGUGAAAAACAUGCUUUAUAUAAACUAAAUAUAAUGAAACUAUUGCGUGUAUACAGAUUAUCUUCUUGAUAUAUAAUUCGUGAAUUAAACAAUAGAUCAAAACUAA